AUGAUUGUACGGAAGUUCGGUAUGCGGCAGAGCCGCCAGUUCCUGGCCUUGAGCCGACGAGCCCCGAUCUCAGCUCGGUUCAACUCGACAGCCCCAACUACACCAGUGGUACCCGUUAUGCCAGCCCAGGAGCCAGAGCCAGUCAUUGAGACAGAACCCGUUCCCCGGGUGGAAAACCCCCUGGUUGAGAUGAUGAGCGCGCAAUCACAGGCGACAACACUCACGCAGCAGCGAGACGAAUCACAAAGAACCAAAUUCCACAAACUCGGAUCCUCCGUGAAAUCCUCCUACGACCCCGAAAACAUCCUCCGCAACCCUCCCAAGCCCUCCCAGGUAACCCUCGAAAUGCUCCUCGCAGCAGGAACACACCUGGGCCACUCGACCUCGCGCUGGAACCCGCAGAACUCGCGCUACAUCUUCGGUAUCCGCGAAGGCGUGCACAUAAUCUCCCUCGACGUGACAGCAGCGCACCUCCGCCGCGCCGCGAAAGUAGUAGAAGAAGUCGCCGCGCGCGGCGGACUCAUCCUCUUUGCCGGCACCCGCAAGGGCCAAAAGCGGGCCGUGGUGAAAGCCGCCGAGCUGGCGAAAAGUUAUCACAUUUUCGAGCGGUGGAUUCCGGGCAGCUUGACGAACGGCGAGCAGAUCCUUGGCCACUGCGAGACGCGUGUGGUGAAUGCGCUGGAUGAGGAGCUUCUGGGAUUCAAGGCUGAUCUGGCGGAUCGGCCUAGUCUUAAGCCAGAUCUUGUUGUUUGCUUGAAUCCGUUGGAGAAUGUUGUCUUGCUCCAUGAGUGUGGUCUGAACAAUGUUCCUACUAUUGGUGUUGUGGAUACGGAUGCUGAUCCUACUCGGGUCACUUAUCCCAUUCCGUCGAACGACGAUAGUCUGCGGGCUGUUUCUUUGAUUGCGGGAGUUCUGGGGCGUGCUGGUGAGGCUGGUCAGGCGAGACGCUUGAAGAUGGCUCGUGAGGGUCAGACUACCUAUAAGCCUAUUUCGGCUGCUGAGUUGCGUCUUGAUCCGUUUACUGGCAUGCCGCUUGGUUUUGAGGCUCAGAAGAAGUAG